AUGGCGAGGAGGGUCAAGGACGAUUCGUCAAAGAGCCCCGACGGGCCUUGGUGCCGUCGAGAAGGGUGGGUUAUUCGCUCCGGUACAAAGGUCCGCGGAGGCGAAGGGGGUUGCACGGCAGUGGACAGAUGCCAGGAUCUCAGGAAAGACGGGGCGGCAGGAGGAAGUCCGAACCGAACCGAGAACAGAGAGGAGGGUCCGGAGGAGAAAGGCAAGGAUAGCGGCGGCAAUUCCUUUUCAGCGAACCCACUGACAGAUGGAGCUCUCGAUAUAUCUGAAUUGCCUACGCGUACUCAACCCAUCCACCCUCUCUACGUCUACGGGGCUGUGGGGAAAAACGUGGGUGUUCAAGCGGCCGUUGAUGCGGCUGUAGGACUGGCUGCCUCUGAGGCUCUAAGUCACGUUGCAUCUUUGAGCGAAGCCUUGCAGAAGCUGAGUGAAGUGCUUCUUCGCAAGGGUGGCCAGCCGGCUGGCGGAGCUGAAGGAGAGAACCGAGGCGCUGCCGCGGCAGAGGGCGAAAUACACACAGUCCCGCCACUGGAGAGCCUGAAACUUCCUCUUGAAGGCUCUGAUGCCUCAGACGUCAUCGCGGCAGCGCGGCAGAGGUUUCGGGAGGUAGCAACUGCCUCCCUUGCGAAGUCGGCGGGUAGCUCAGAGUCAUCACAGCGGCCGCAGGAGACUGAAGUGGCAACCGCGAUGGCAGAGGGCGAGAAACAGCUUGAGUCGAUUCUCGACGCCUCUCUCGGAGCAUUAUUUCAGCAACAAAUGAGCCUCUUGCUCCUGCACAUUGUGCAGAGGGUUACUUCGUCCGUGUCUUCAGGAGCCUACGGGUCCGAAAAACCCGCGCAGCGAUCCGAGGCCGUCCGUGGCGGACUGGCUAAGCACGCACCUUCGCCUGUGACAGCCUGUGUCCAGGAAUUCGAGAGCUUGCUCAGACGGGCUGUGCCGAAUGCGGAGCAGAGACGGCGAUGGGGGGCGAAUUCGCUCCGGUUGCAGCUGCAGAGACACCUUCUGAAUUGGGAAAAGGAGAAAGAUGUCGAGAAGAACAGAGAAAUCCGUCAAACCCGGAGUCAACAGGCUCUCCUCCAAGUUCUUCAAAGACAGCAAGAACAACUCGAACAGCUGCAACAGCACAUCCAGCAAUCUCAGCAAGCAACGCCGGUGUCCUUUGGGGCAGCCUACCGGGUUCCUGACACCAAUCUCCAGCUCGCUGCGGCCGCAAGACAAGGAAAGUUACACAUCAACGUCAGUUGCCUCCCAGACGAGGCGGCGGCGGCUGGAGCAGCCGGAGGCAUCCUGGGGAACCAGGGAUUCGUCAAGGGUGUUGAAGCAGCUGGUAACUUGGGGCUUAGUGUAAACUUCGGGAUUUAA